CUGUGUUGGUCUUGCGGUGCCAACCACCAUUUAAAAAUGAAAUUUGACAACGUUCUUUCGGAAAUCAAUGGAUGUGGGAAGUAUCAAAUCAUGAUAAUCCUGAUUCAAAGCAUAUCGCGACUAUCUCUGCCGUGUCACUUCUUGCUAAACAACUUUAUUGCAGCUAUGCCUUCCCAUCACUGUAACCUCAGCGGUCUGGAUAAUGGGAGCAUCUUUGGAAAUCUAACCCAGGAACAGAGACUGGUAGUCAGUAUCCCACAGCAGGAGGAUGGGGUUCCAAACUCCUGUGAGAUGUUUCCAGAACCCCAGUAUCAACUGUUGUCCAACUCCUCCAGCAUGACUAAUGCAGCCACAGUUCAGUGUCAGAAUGGAUGGGUAUAUGAUCAUAGCACUUUCACAUCCACUGUGGCAACAGAGUGGGACCUAGUGUGCAACGGUAAAGCGAUGAACAAAGCAACAGCCACUCUUUACUUCAUUGGAGUCAUGUGCGGAGCCCCUCUGUUUGGGUUCCUCAGUGACAGAUUUGGACGGCGAACCAUGCUUAUGGUGUCUUACCUGUCAUCUAUGGCAUUUGCCACUAUGAGUGCAUUCUCUACCUCCUACUUAAUGUUUGUUAUCAUGAGAUUCUUCACUGGAUUCGCUCUUGCUGGAAUUAGCAUAAUCUCCUUUGUACUAAAUGUCGAAUGGUUUGACAUCCAUCACAGGACAUUUGCUGGUGUCAUUGUGAGCUUAGAUUGGACGCUUGGAAACUGGCUGCUAGUGGGAAUUGCAUACUUUGUGAGAGACUGGCGGAGGCUGAUAUUAGCAGCGACUUCUCCUCUCCUAUUGUCUGUUUUUGCCUGGAGGUGGCUUCCAGAGUCUGCCAGAUGGUUGGUAGCCAGUGGACAAGCAGAAAAGGCUCAUGGAUUACUUAGACAAUGUGCCCAUAUUAACAAAAGAUCCAUGCCAAUGGCUGACAUCACACCAGAGAUGCUUGUAAAGUCAGUGACAGCCGAAAGGAGUCAUAAGAAGUACACUUUGAUCGACCUGGUGAGAACUCCAAACAUCAGGAAACUUACUAUUUGUACAGGCAUUGUGUGGUUUGGAGUUGCUUUUACAUAUUAUGGAAUAAGUCUCAACAUCACUGGGUUUGGGCUGAACAUCUACCUCACGCAGUUCCUUUACGCAUUCAUAGAGAUGCCAGGCAAGAUUGGGGUGUUUUACUUUUUGAAAAAAAUUGGCAGAAAACCUGGACAAGUGUGGACCCUUCUUCUGACAGGACUCUGUCUACUUAUCAGCAUGUGGAUCCCAAAAGACAUGAGGGAGUUUAGUGCCAUUGUGUCCAUAAUUGGAAAAGGCCUAUCAGAAGGAUCUUUUACAAUCAUUUAUCUUUACACCAUUGAACUCUUCCCAACUGUUGUACGGCAGAACGGUUUGGGUUACACUGCGUUUGUUGCACGUCUGGGAGUGUCCAUCGCACCCCUCAUCUUUCUAUUGGAGGAUGUGUGGCAGCGUCUGCCGGCGGUGAUCUAUUGUAUGGUGGCCAUUGGUUCUGGUUUGGUGGCAUCCCUCCUGCCUGAGACUCUUAACAUUUGUCUUCCAGAGUUCAUAGAGGAUAUUGAGAAACCGAGGGCCGAAUCCAAACUAGGUCGAAACCAAACUGAGGGACAACAUUUAAAUAAAGAAAACUUCAGCGAUGAAAAUGAUGAAGAGAAGAUGAAUCUACGUGAGGCAUUGUAACAGGACCGUGCUACAUGACACGAAACAUUGUAGGCCUAUAGGAAAUCAAUGUCAAACAGCUGUCUCUUAAGAACGAUGAAUUAACAAUGUGCAUGAACACUGUGAAGUUUAUAUGGAACUUAAUUUCCAAAUGAUUGGUUAUAACAAUAUAUUCAUUUGGAUUGUUGUCUUCUGUAUGAGUGUCUGAGCAGCCAUUGUUUUUCAUUUCUGAUUUGACUGCAAUAAAGCAAGCAGAGUAAACACAAUUAAAUUUAUGUCUAUGCAAUGCAAAAACUGUUUAUC